AUGUCGAUGCCCGAGGCAUGUAAGGCUGGCUUCUAUGCGGGCUCUGAUUGGCUUUCUGACAUCCUAGCAACAUUAGAAGGUAAAGCCACUGGCCUUCGCUUAAACUACAGUACUAAUACGGAACGCCAAUACCUCCGAUUUCACCGUAAUAGCUCCAAGUACCCUUCUUUCGGCUGCCUACACUCUACCCAUUCUUCAUACACUCUCGAGCUUCUGCUUCUCCUUCUUUGUUGCAUGCUCUAUGACAUCCAGAAAAUCACCGUAUGCACGGUAGCAGUGACUCCGAACAAGCAUAGACACAUCUUGGCAUGCAUUUCCAAAUACCAAAGCACGUGUCUCAACCUGAUCAUCCAAGUCGCGUCAAAUAUGUGUAAUGGGCGUGUGUUGGCGGCUGACAAAAUAUCUCGCCUACUCGUCUGCCCCGUCGCUGCGAUGCUGACGGUCGCGUUAUCAGUCGUGCAGGCUCUUUCUGAAAGAUCGAUGAGCUUGUGCCAGCAGCGGAUCGUCUCCCGCGGAAUGGAUGCAAGUAUUCAAGAGUUGGCGGAAGCGGGUCGCCCAGAAUGCUGGAUGGGCGGUAUACGCCAUCGUUCACUGCCAAUGGUCAAUUCUUCUCUUCGUCCCUCGAGUGACAUUAUAUUGCCCGCCGGACGAUGGCUCCAAAUGCCUCGUGAAAUGCCAAAAUCGCCUAGUGUCUGGUGGGUACAGAACCCACUGGAUAUAAGCUAAUAAUAAAUACCAAGCUAAUGCCAAGCCAGUGGGACUAUCUUAGACAGCAGCCCCAAAGUUACUCCUAUGGUUUGAAGAACCAGCGGCCUCUUCUGUAUCGACUGAAACCGAGG